UGCAACUGAGGGAAUUCUUUGUGAGGCCUGACGUAAAUCUCAAAUGUUCUCAGGGCUGAAAACAAAACAGCAUGAGUGCUUGCACCGGUCACUGAGGCCUCUUCAAUAGACGCACCUUCAGCCACACAAAGGCGUCGAGGCCUUUUACACCAAACUUCCCGAACAUUCCCCCCUCCUCGUGCUGGUCCCCAAAUCUACACUGUCAAAAGCUGCUGCAGCCGAGGCGAGCCCACUCCCGAUGAAGCCCGAGGUUGUGUUAUUAAACUUUUUUGAUGGGUUGAAGAAGAGAGUCCUUCUGUCGGUCUCAGAGGACUGACGGCCACUGGGAGCUCCCUGGCUGGCUCUUCUGAGUGUAUGGAGCCAGUGUACAUGGUGGCAUGUGGCUGGGAUUAGGAAAUUUCACUGUGGAUUAAAAUCUUUCCAACGCCUCCAUGGCCUCUUGCUGAAAGAAAGGAGUCUGAAGGUCCUGCAGAGAUCCAGUGAGCACUUUGGGCCCAUGGUCUCACGGAGCAGCUCCAGGAUGUUCCAGCUGCUCCAGGGUCACAACCAGCCAGCUGGACAACGAAACCACAGAACCCGCCUGGUCACCAAAGACGGGCACUGCAACAUUGAGUUCGGGAACAUCGAGUACAGUAACCAGUUUGCGUACCUGGUAGACUUCUGGACCACCUUUGUGGAGAUUCGCUGGCGGUUUGUUCUCCUUUUGUUUGUGGCUGUGUUCACAGGCAGCUGGUUCAUUUUCAGCCUGUUGUGGUACUGGAUUGCAAAGAGCAACGGGGAUCUCGCUGGACAGAACCGCACUGAAGGACACAUCCAGUGUAUAGACAACGUUAACGGGCUCACAACGGCAUUCCUGUACUCGUUAGAGACCCAGACCACCAUUGGGUAUGGAGGCAGGGCACUGACUGGCCACUGUGCUGGCACGGUGGCUCUAAUUGUCAUCCAGUCUCUAGUUGGGGUUUUUAUCAACUGCUUCAUGUGUGGUAUCAUCCUAGCUAAAAUCUCCUUACCAAAGAAAAGGGCAAAGACUGUGACCUUCAGCCACACAGCUGUCAUCUGCUUGAAGAAAGGAAGUCUGUGUCUCCUGAUCAGAGUGGCCAACCUUCGAAAGACCUUACUAAUCGGAAGCCAGAUCUAUGGGAAGUUGCUGAGGACAACGACCACACCGGAUGGCGAGACCAUCAUCCUGGACCAGGUGGAUAUUGACUUCAUGGUUGAUGCUGGCAAGGAUAACUUGUUUUUUGUUUGCCCCUUGACCCUGUACCAUGUGAUUAACAGAUCGAGUCCUUUCUUUGAUUUGUCGGCUGACACCCUUCCUCAGCAGGACUUUGAAUUGGUGGUCUUUUUGGAUGGGACAGCCGAGUCCACCAGCUCCUCCUGUCAGGUCCGAACUUCCUACAUCCCACAGGAGAUCCAGUGGGGAUACAGCUUUCUGCCGAUUAUCUCCCGCACCAAGACAGGAAAGUACCAUGUGGAUUUUUCUAACUUUUCCAAGAGCGUCCGGGUCACCACUCCACACUGCGUCCACUGCUUUGAGGCCGACGUAGACCAGAGAAACCACAAUAACCACAGCCAAGAAAAUCACAAUAACCAGCUAAAGAGGGGGAUUGAUAACCCGGGCUUUCAGGUGAUUGACAUACAUGACUCUGUGGAUGUCACUACAAUGUGAGCUGGUAGAAAAGGAGCCUACGCUUUCAUUGAAACUGUGAAUCAGAAUGUGGGAAGUAAAGUGGUAAAAGCUGGCGCCUAUCACUUCCUUUGAACCAGUUUCACUCUAAGUCAGACUGCACCGGCGAAUAAAUAUUUGGUCACGGUGAACUAUUCAGCAUCUGAAUUGUUGUCAGCUCUUUUUCCUUAAACAGAACGAACAUCCACAGCUGUUAAACUGUUUGAAAAAAAAUCAGACAGAGUGGGAGUUGCUCAUUGAAAUCAAACCUCUGUUGGGACUUUGAAUAGGUAACGUCAGAAAGAUGGAUUGUAGCUCUGACGCACAGAAAAUGAAAGGGGGUAAAAGAGCAGAUGCACAGUGGGUACUUCUUGAGAAGAUUAGGACCUGAGCCUGUUAUAAUGAAAAGUGUGUGCCUUAAAGGCUGCAGGAGGAAAUAAAAGGUAGUGCCUUUUGAGUUUGCAUAUUAUUUCUAUUACAACACUAACUUUGUGGUGUUUUUUGUCAUUUUGACAGAUCCUGUAUGCCUGAAUAAUUAGGAAACUGGGAUUUUAACUGUGACCAGUCUACAUUUUGUAGAUCAUCCUGUGUAACGCUGUACGCUAACUUCUCAGGGAAAGUAACAUCCUUAGUUGGAAUAAAAGCUUUUUCACAAUUCACUGACUUACAUUUGAUUUUAUUGCACAAUUUGUACUUUACACAUUGAAUAUUUCAUCAGAGUGUGCUAUAAACAGAACUGAAAUAUACCACAAAGAUGUAGAUAAUAUAACUUCAAAUUGACUGAUUUAUGCGAAAUGGGUGUAUCAUGUAGUAGAUGCAUUGUGCAGUACUGUGCAUGCAGAGAUAGGACAACCCUUAGUAGUUUGGGAGCUGGUGAUCGGACUCCCAGGACCUUUGCCCCUGAGUGCCACCCCAAUCCACAGUUGAAGGAGGCCUUAUACCCUCCUAUGAGUGACGGGUCCACAGGAGAAGCAAGCUAACGUAGUUCUGGUACCCGACUGGGGCGUCUCCCAUGUGAGGUCUUUCAUAUAGCCAGGAGGAGGCCCCCUGGGCAGACCCAGGACAUGCUGGAAAGGUCUUGGCUGGCUCUGGAACACCUCAGUGUCCCCCGAGAAGAGUGUCGACUGCCUCCCCCUUCACAACCCAGACCCAUGUAAGUGCCAGAAACUGGAUGGAUAUAGGAUGUCUAUCAUUUGCUGA